GGGACAGCGGGCAUCAUGGCGCUGCGCGCGGCUCCUGGCCGCGGGCGCUGGCUCGCGCGCGCGCUCGCGGCGCCGGGUGCGGCCCGGGUCCCGCCGCCGCCCGUCGCGGUUGCCUCGGCCCUGCUGGUGGCCGGGCGCCGGCCUCUCCGGCCCGCCGCGCGGUUCGCCAGCACCGCCGGGCAGGGGCCGGAGGCCGAGGGUCCGCAGCGGCGGGUGGUGGUGGUGAGGAUCACCAGCCCCUUCGCCUGGCUCCGCACCCGCUUCUAUUAUCUCCUCAUCCGCCUCUACUUCGACCAGGAGUUCAGCAUCGAGGAGUUCACCCGGGGGGCCAAGCAGGCCUUUUCUGUUGUUUCAAAGCUGCUGUCUCAGUGUAAACUUGACCUGCUGGAUGAACUUGUAUCAGCAGAGGUACUUCAGGUGCUGAAGGAAAAGAUUUCUUUGCUCCCCGACAAUCACAGGGAUGCUUUAGCAGCUGACAUUGAUGCAAUCAUGUAUACAACAGAAGGAGAUGUUCGCAUUUACUAUGAUGAUGAUGGAAGAAAGUUUGUUAGCAUCCUGAUGCGUUUCUGGUAUCUGAAUGGUGCUAACCUACCUGAUGAAGUACCAGGCGAAACCAAAGUUUUCCAGAUUGUGUUUGGAGAUGAAAGCACAAAAGAAAAAAGACAUCUUUUAACAGCAAACUAUGAGUUCCAAAGGGAAUUCACAGAAGGAGCAAAACCAGACUGGACAAUUACACGGAUUGAACAUCCAAGGCUAUUAGAAUAAAUGCCUUCUACAGUCUUUUUAUGUACCAUUGUAAAUGUUCUAAUGUAACAAAUACCAGGCUUUUUUUGGUCUCUUUUUUCCCUUCCUGCCUUCUCCUCCAAAAGAGGAAUGAAUUUUGUAUGUUUGAUUUCCCAAAAUUGUUUCUGAAACUUACACUAUGCUGCAGCAUUACAAUAAAGCCUUUUUCCUGGAA